UCCUUCAUCCAUUAGCAGGAAGAACAAACUGCUGGCAGACAAGGAGCAGACAGAGCAGAGAACACAAGUGAGGGAAGAAAAACAAACAGACAAACAUUAAAGAAGAAGAAGAAAAAAGAAGAGAAACAUCAUGGAUUUUAUGAAGAAGGGAUUCUCCAAGGCCAAGGAUGGUGUGGUGGCUGCCGCUGAGAAAACGAAGGCCGGGGUUGAGGAGGCCGCCACCAAGACCAAGGAGGGGGUCGUCAAUGUUGGAAACAAGACCAAGGAGGGUGUGAUGACCGGAGUAAACACAGUUGCUCAGAAGUCAACUGAACAGGCAAACAUGGUUGCUGACACUGCUGUUUCCGGGGUCAACGAAGUAGCCCAGGUUGCGGUGGAAGGUGUGGAGAAUGCAGCAGUGGCCAGUGGAUUUGUUAAGGCGAGUGACCUGUCAAAAUCAGAAGCAGGAGGAGAACAAACUGAGAAUGCUGCACAGUAGGCACUGAACGUCCUGCUGUCAUUGAGAAGAGAAGAAGAAAUUUUACAUUUUACCAAUUUUCUCCAUCUUUGAUGUUUAACACUAUCAAAAAAUGAGUCAGAUCUGGAGCUUCCACUAUGUCAGAUGAUAGGUUGUGUGGAGUGGAUUCCUCCUGACACAACCAUUGAAAUGCAUGUUGCUUUUCUGAGAUAUUUAAAGCACUGAAAACACAAAGCAAAUCAUGGUGUAACAAUCUUGUUCUCUUUGUCUUCCUCGCUCUCUCUCUCACAGACACAUACACUGUAAAGUGAGCUAAUUUUAUUGUUAUAAACUACAAGUGUGAAAUAAAUGGUAGUUUAAAAUUCA